AUGGACGGACUUCUUAAAAAAGUUAAAGCUUUAACAAAAAAUGUCGAUCAAAAAGACUUAAAAGACGCUUAUGACACUUAUAACAAAACUGGUGGUUCGUUAGAUAAAAAGGGAAAAGCCGUUUAUCAAAAUUAUAAUAAAUCACAUUCAGCUUCAGAUGCAACAAAAACUGAUGCCAAAACUGAUGCCAGAACUGAUGCUAAAACUGAUUCAAAAACUGAAUCAAAUACUGAAACCAAAACUGAAUCAAAAUAA